AUGGAGGAACAUCGAAAACCCGCGGGAUAUAGCUGCAAGUCUUGCACUAGGCCAGACACAGAUAACGAGCAAUGGGUCGCCUGUGACAAUUGUAAGCUGUGGGAGCAUUUCGGAUGUGCCGGUGUGGACGAUUCGACUAAGGACCUGGUAUACGUCUGCAAGGAUUGUCAGGAGAAUUUAGCGUCGUCGUCUCGUCAUCUCAAACCACUACUACCAUCCGAUAGAUCUCUUCGUUCGUCGACAGUCAAAUCAACUUCUAAGCAGGUCCAAAAUAAGCCCGAACCUGUAAUCGUACCGCAACAAAUUCCGUCGGUUGCAAUCAGCACGACUUCCAGUGCCCGUGCGUCACGAUUAUGUACCGAAAUGAAGCUAAUCGAAGAGGAACAAAAAAUGAAGGAGCAGGCAUUGCAAGACCAGGAGGCAAUGGAUAAAAAAGCAGCGAAAGAAGCCCUUUGCAACCUUGAAGAGAGGAAAGCCCUGGUGGAAGAGGAAGCUAAGAUUCGACAACAACUGCUUCGGGAUGAAAAGGCCCUUCAAGAGAAGCAGCAGAAGAUCAGGCGAGAGUCUCUGGAGAAAAAACAAAAUAUUAUUCGCCAAAUUAGUGAAUGUGGUAGCAGAGGUGGAUCGAUUCACGAUUCUCAACAAAAGGUAUCCAAUUGGCUGGACAAAUGUUCCGAAGCACAGGAUGUGGACCCAGUUUUCGGGGAAGCAGGUCCUUCGUCGAGACCGAACCCACCGCUACCCAACACAGAUCGAACUGAUGGGGGAGAAAGUCAGCGAUCUGCAAUAGUUCAACAUCGAGUCGAGCACCGACCAGCACGGUCCGAAGGAGUGAACGAACCUCAACAAACGCCGAGAGAUCAGCAAACUGCUGAUGAGCGAAUACAACAUAACCUAAGCUGUUUACCCGAUCGAUCAGGAAUCGACCACUCAGUUCCCAGGGUGAUUCCACGGUUACCGCCUGGUUUGACGCGCCAGGAUCGAGCAGCACCGACAGUUAAUUUAGAACAAAGUCACAUGGCAGCCAGGCAAGUAAUGGGAAAAGAGCUGCCACAUUUUUCCGGCAAUCCGGAAGAUUGGCCCAUUUUCAUAUGCAGUUUCGAGCAAACUACAGCUGCAUGUGGGUAUACAGAUGCGGAAAACCUCAUCCGCCUACAGCGAUGCUUAAAGGGGCACGCCCUUGAAUCGGUUCGGAGUCGAUUGCUACUUCCUUCAAGCGUUCCACAAGUCAUCAGUACCCUGCGAACGCUGUAUGGCAGACCGGAACUUCUAAUACGAUCGCUCAUAGAGAAAGUUCACCGGGCGCCAGCACCAAGGCAUGAUCGUCUCGAGACUGUGGUGGAAUUCGGUUUGACCGUACAAAACCUAGUAGAUCAUCUGAAGGCGGCGAAUCAAGUUCUACAUUUGGCUAACCCGGUGCUAGUGCAGGAGCUUGUGGAGAAAUUACCCGGAUCGCUCAAAUUGGAUUGGGCGGUCUACAAAAGCAGGCAACCAGAUGCAACAUUAGCGACGUUCGGUGAAUUCAUGGGAGGACUAGUGUCAGCAGCGAGUCAGGUGACCUUCGACCUACCGAGUUCUAGCCGGAAUUUCAAGGGUGAUCAUAAGAGGAAAGAGAGGGGUAUAGUACAAACGCAUUCUCCCUUUCCAGCGCCUACCCCUGCUUCCAACCUACUAGUGAAUAAAAAGUUAGGUAAACCAUGUAUCGUAUGCAAUAGAGAGGGACAUAGAGUAGUAGAGUGUGACAAAUUCAAAUCCUUCAGCUUAGAUGAACGAUGGAAUGUAGUCCAUCAAAAGGCUCUCUGCCGAACAUGCCUAAACAGUCACGGCAAGUGGUCUUGUAAAUCCUGGAAAGGUUGUGGAAUCGAGGGUUGUCAUCAAAAACAUAAUAAGCUUCUGCAUUUGCCUUCUCAGCCUCAACCAUACUCCAAUAUGUCCGCCAACCAUUUAAUACAGGGAAAUGGACCUUUCCCUAUGUUUCGUGUUCUUCCUGUGGUGUUGUAUGCUGGAGAACGUUUCGAAGUCAUCUUCGCAUUUAUCGACGAAGGGUCUUCGAUUUCUCUCUUGGACGAAACCAUCGCUGAACGUUUGUGCGCUACCGGCCCAUCGGAACCGUUGACCUUGCAGUGGACGGGCAUGGUAACUCGUGAGGAACCAGGUUCAAAACGAGUGCAACUGGAUAUAUCAGGGAGAGGUAACAGCAAUCGUCAUAAACUGUCGUAUGUCAGGACAGUCAGCUGCUUGGUCCUUCCUUCGCAGACAUUGAAAUAUAAGGAACUCUGCCAGCGGUAUCCACAUUUGCGAGGGCUUCCGUUGGAAGAUUACGAGAUGGUUCAACCAAAGUUGCUAAUUGGUUUAGACAAUCUUCGACUGGGUGUACCAUUGAAACUCCGCGAAGGCGGACCGAUGGAUCCAAUAGCUGCUAAAUGUCGUCUAGGUUGGAGCGUUUAUGGAUGUCUUUCUGAUUCACCCUCAAGAGCAGUGGUUAACUCCCAUGUUGCUGCAUACACCGAUCCAGAUCAAAAACUCAACAAUCAGCUACGGGACUACUUCGCGUUGGAAGAUGUUGGUGUUAGUGGUCUAUACAGACCCUUGGAAUCAGACGAAGAUACACGGGCGAGGAAGAUUCUGGAGCGUACGACAAGGCGAACUGAGCAUGGGUUUGAGACCGGUCUUUUGUGGCGGGACGAUAACCCUGAUUUCCCGGAUAGCUAUCCAAUGGCAGUUCGUCGUUUAUAUUCUUUAGAGAAGAAGCUUGAGAAGAAUCCAACGUUGAAGGAACAGGUUCGCGAGCCAAUUUCCGAGUACGUGCGGAAAGGUUAUGCCCGCCAAGCUACGGAAUCCGAAUUGGGAAACGCCAAUAUGAGGCCUAUGUGGUUCAUUCCGUUAGGAGUCGUCGUUCAUCCCAAAAAACCAAACAAAGUACGGUUGAUUUGGGACGCAGCAGCAGUAGCGAAUGGGGUAUCCUUGAACUCCAAACUCCUGAAGGGCCCCGACCUGCUAACACCAUUACCAGCUGUUCUCAGCCGUUUUCGCCAAUUCCCUGUAGCCGUCUGCGGUGACAUUAGGGAAAUGUUCCACCAGUUGUGGAUCCGCUCACAAGACCGUCUGGCGCAGUGCUUCCUCUGGCGGGAAAAUCGUUCCGAUCCGAUUCAGGUUUUCAUGAUGAAUGUGGCCACCUUUGGCGCUACUUGUUCUCCCGCUUCUGCACAGUACGUGAAGAACCUCAAUGCGCAGGAGUUUGCUGGUCUUUAUCCAAGAGCGUCCGCAGCCAUAGUCAAAAACCACUACGUGGACAAUUAUUUGGACAGCUUUAUGACUGUGGAGGAAGCGGUGGAGGUCGUCAAGGAGGUGAUUCUGGUCCAUGAAAAAGGGGGUUUUGAGAUCCGACUCCUUUGGGAAAUCGGGGAAAUUACCGCUGAUGAACCAAAGGAUCUGAUCCUGGAAAGGGAAGGCAUAUCUGAGUCUGUUCUUGGGAUGAAAUGGCUCCCCAAAAAGGAUCGCUUCGUCUACACAGUUAACCUUCGAGAGGAUCUUCGUGCUAUCGUAGAUGAAACACAUAUUCCCUCCAAGCGAGAAGUGUUGAAAGUCGUUAUGAGCCUGUUCGAUCCACUAGGACUCAUUUCCCACCUUCUCGUUCACGGGAAAGUCAUCAUCCAAGGGACCUGGGCUUCAGGAAUAGGUUGGGAUGAACCGAUCAAUUGUGAUCUCUAUCAGAAAUGGCGACAGUGGGUGAACCUUUUCCCGAAGCUGGAUAAACUGUCUAUCCCACGAUGCUACUUUUCUCCAUUCCCGGAUACCUUUGAGGACCUGCAAAUCCAUACCUUCGUGGACGUCAGUGACACUGCAUACUCAUGCGCCAUAUACUUUCGCUUGGUGCAUAAAAACAACGUUCAGUUGGCGCUGGUGGGAGCAAAAAGCAAAGUGGCUCCUUUAAAGACAUUGUCCAUCCCUAGACUUGAGCUAAAAGCUGCUGUUCUGGGGGUUCGUCUUCAAGCUUCGAUCUUAGAAUACCACACGUUUCCGGUCUCUCGACGCUUUCUUUGGAGCGACUCGACAACAGUGUUGGCGUGGAUUUGGUCUGACCAUCGCCGUUUCCACAAAUUUGUCUCUGUACGAAUCGGAGAGAUUCUGACCCUCAGCGAUCCCCAAGAAUGGAGGUGGGUUCAAUCGAAGCACAACGUGGCAGACGUUGCCACAAAAUGGAAGAACGGACCAAACCUGGAAGCGGACAGUCCUUGGUUGCGAGGACCCAAGUUUCUAUAUUAUGGUGAGCAAUCUUGGCCGAAACAUCCGCCCACAGUGACGUCACACGAAGAAAUACAGAGAGUCCAAGCCCACUGGAAUUCUACGCCACUGUUGGAUUAUUCCAGGUUUAACCGAUGGACAAAGUUGCUACGUACGAUGGCAUACGUGUUCCGUUUCAUCGAGAGCGUACAAAAGAAGAAUUUUGGACAGCAGCUAAAAGCAGGGUUACUAACUCAGCGGGAACUAGCAAGAGCGGAACUUGUACUCUGGAAGAUGGCACAAGAGGAUGCAUUCCCGGAAGAAAGAACCGUGCUGAAGACAACUCAGGGCAACCCAGAGAUUCGCCACGCAACCGUUUCUAAAUCGAGCAGCAUCUACAAAACUUGGCCUUUCAUGGAUGAGCAAGGAAUCCUCCGGAUGCGCGGUCGUAUUGGAGCUGCACCGUAUGUGCCAUUCGAAGCAAAGUGGUCGGCGAUUCUUCCGAAGUGUCAUCCAAUAACAACUCUCAUUACGGACUUCUACCACCGACAAUUUCGUCACGCAAAUCGCGAGACAGUUGUCAACGAAAUGCGGCAGCGCUUCGAAGUGGCCAAACUGAGAUCCCUCAUUCAAAGGGUUACGAAGAACUGCGUGUUCUGCAAGAUCACCAAGACUAUUCCAAGAGCACCAGUAAUGGCGCCUCUUCCCGAAGAAAGAUUGCAACCCUUUGUACGCCCUUUCACGUACGUUGGGGUAGAUUAUUUUGGACCGGUGCUGGUCAAGGCCGGGCGCAGCCAGGUGAAGCGCUGGGUAGCAUUUUUUACCUGCUUGACAAUUCGCGCUGUACACAUGGAGGUGGUGCAUAGUUUGUCAACGGAAUCAUGUGUCAUGGCUGUACGCAGAUUCGUUUGUCGUAGAGGGUCACCGGCAGCGUUCUACUCCGACAAUGGCACCUGCUUCCAAGGAGCCAGCAGGCAGCUUCAGGAAGAGAUCUCGGCAAUGAAUGAGACCAUGGCAACAACUUUCACGAACGCGAGAACCGCUUGGAAGUUCAUCCCUCCCGCAACUCCACACAUGGGCGGAGUGUGGGAGCGCCUUGUCCGGUCAGUUAAGACAGCGAUUUUUUCAGCACUGAAUAUUUCUCGAAAACCCGACGACGAGACUCUGAAAACGAUUAUCUAUGAAGCAGAAGCGUUGGUGAACUCUAGACCGUUGACGUACAUUCCGCUGGAGUCCGCGGAUCAGGAAUCUCUAACCCUCAACCACUUCCUGUUGGGGAAUUCGACGGGACUCCAUGCAGAAACCGAAGUCAUUGGAUAUGUUGGUCUCCGUAGUAGCUGGAAGCAAGCCCAGCACAUCACCGGGGAGUUUUGGAAGAGGUGGAUUAGGGAGUACCUGCCAGUGAUAACUCGCAGAUGCAAGUGGUUCGAGGACACCAAGGAGCUUGAAGAGGGAGAUCUCGUUCUCAUAGUUAACGGAACUGACCGUAAUCAUUGGAUCCGUGGACGCGUGGAGAAAGUUAUUGCAGGGCGUGAUGGGAGAAUUCGCCAAGCGUUGGUGCGAACAGCGACUGGUGUUUUACGGCGGCCUGCAAUAAAGCUGGCGGUGAUAGACGUCGGAGACAAAAGUAAACCUAUGGAGCCUUCAGGAGAUUCGGAACAACACAUAGGUUUACGGGCGGGGGUAUGUGACGACAACACUACUCGCAGCAGCGACGCCGUCGACACACUCUCCAGCAGGCCUAACCCAACGAAACUGUCACGGGUGACAAGCGAAUGGGAGAAAUGUCAAAUCGGUGGAGAAUGA